UAUAUCAACCAGACUCCAAUCCCACCUUCUCGCCAGUGGAAUUUCAUCUCAGCUUCUGCACCUUCUGGGCAGACGAGAACAUAAAAUAAGCAAAAGCUGGCAGGCUGACGAGAAUUGCACCUUUACAGGACGGAUUAUCUGGUAACUGACCAUUUAGCUGUGGCACACUCGGACUCUGUGUUUGACGUGGGAUUUUAACCAUGAGCUCAGUCGCUGUACUUACGCAGGAAAGCUUUAAUGAGCACCGUAUUGGGCUCAUGCCAGAGCAGAGUGGUGCUGCUGUGGCAGGACCCAGUGCAGGAGAGGAGGAUGCUCCUCCCACCUAUAAGGAUGCCUUUCCACCUCUGCCCGAGAAAGCAGCCUCACCCGUGGGCACCCAGGAAACCACCAAUGCCUGGACGAAUAAAAUCCGUCCUCUCAAGUCAUCUGUAAUUACCCAGGUUUUCCACGUGCCACUGGAGGAGCGCAAGUUCAAGGACAUCAACCAGUUUGGGGAGGGAGAACAAGCAAAGGUCUGUGUUGACAUCAUGCACAAGACUGGAGCCCAUCUGGAACUCUCCUUGGCAAAAGAUCAGGGUCUCUCUAUUAUGGUUUCUGGAAAACUGGAUGCUGUGAUGAAGGCCCGUAAGGAGAUUGUGUCCCGACUGCAGACUCAGGCUUUAGCUUCUGUGGUCAUCCCGAAGGAACACCACCGCUUUGUUAUUGGCAAGAAUGGGGAGAAACUGCAGGAGCUUGAGCUCAAGACAGCCACCAAAAUCCAGAUCCCACGGCCUGAUGACACCAGCAACCAAAUAAAGAUCUCUGGUACUAAGGAGGGCUUGGAGAAAGCAAAGCACGAGAUCUUGUUGAUUUCAGCUGAACAGGACAAGCGUGCUGUUGAAAGGGUGAACAUUGACAAGGUGUUCCAUCCCUUCAUCACCGGUGCCUACAAUAAGUUUGUAGUGGAGAUGAUGCAGAAAACUGGUGCCCGAAUCAACGUCCCACCUCCAAGUGUCAACAAAACCGAGAUCGUCAUCACCGGGGAGAAAGACCAGGUCGCCCUUGCUGUGGCUAAGAUCAAGGAGAUUUGUGAAGAAAAGAAAAAGAACACUACCACCAUUGCAGUGGAGGUGAAGAAAUCUCAGCACAAAUAUGUGAUUGGCCCGAAGGGAAACACCCUGCAGGAGAUCUUGGAUAGAACUGGUGUGUCGGUUGAGAUCCCACCAUCUGACAGUAGCUCAGAGACUGUCAUCCUUCGUGGGGAGCCAGACCGCCUAGGUCAGGCCCUCACUGAAGUUUAUGCGAAGGCGAACAGCUAUACAGUUUCAUCUGUGACAGCUCCUUCUUGGCUUCACCGCUUCAUUAUUGGCAAGAAGGGGCAGAACUUGGCCAAGAUCACCCAGCAAAUGCCCAAGGUGCACAUUGAGUUCACUGAGGGGGAGGACAAAAUCACCCUGGAGGGUCCCACCAAAGAUGUGCAGAUGGCUCAGACCCAGAUCGAAGCCAUUGUUACGGAUUUGGUGAGUCGUAUGGACUACACAGAAAUCAGUGUUGAUCCCAAAUUCCACCGGCACUUGAUAGGAAAAGGGGGUGUGAACAUCAACCGAAUCAAAGAGCUACACAAGGUUACAGUCCGUAUCCCUCCUGACAAUGAGAAGAGCAACCUGAUCCGCAUUGAGGGGGAUCCUCAGGGUGUGCAAGAAGCCAAGAAGGAGCUGCUUGAGCUUGCGUCACGCAUGGAGAAUGAGCGUACAAAGGACCUGAUCAUUGAACAGCGUUUUCACAGAGCCAUCAUCGGCCAAAAAGGGGAGAAAAUAAAAGAAGUGCGGGACAAAUUCCCAGAGGUCAUCAUCAACUUCCCCGACCCAGCACAGAAGAGUGACAUUGUUCAACUUCGGGGCCCACGCACUGAAGUGGAGAAAUGCUCCAAGUUUAUGCAGAAGAUGGUGGCUGAAAUGGUUGAGAACAGCUUCUCUGUCUCAGUCCCCAUCUUCAAACAGUUCCAUAGAAACAUCAUUGGAAAAGGAGGAUCAAACAUUAAAAAGAUUCGUGAGGAAACUAACACAAAGAUCGACCUCCCAGCUGAGAACAGCAACUCGGAGAUGAUCGUCAUCAUAGGAAAAAAGGCAAACUGCGAGGCUGCACGAAACCGGAUCUUGGCAAUUCAGAAAGAGCUGGCCAACAUCACUGAGAUGGAGGUGUCAAUUCCUUCCAAGCUGCAUAACUCCUUGAUUGGUACCAAGGGACGUUUUGUGCGCUCCAUCAUGGAGGAGUGUGGUGGCGUGCACAUCCACUUCCCCACUGAGGGCUCAGGAAUUGACAAGGUGACCAUCCGUGGUCCUGCCGAAGAUGUGGAGAAAGCCAAGCAGCAGCUACUUGCCCUGGCUGAAGAAAAGCAAACAAAGAGCCACACCGCUGAACUUCGUGCCAAGCCGGAGUAUCACAAAUUUCUCAUUGGCAAAGGUGGUGGAAACAUCCGCAAGGUUCGCGACAGCACUGGGGCCAGGAUCAUUUUUCCCACUGCUGAGGACCAGGAUCAGGAGCUCAUCACUGUGAUUGGCACUGAAGAGGCUGUGCGGGAGGCCCGCAAGGAACUGGAGGAACUCAUCAAGGGCUUGGACAAUGUAGUUGAGGAUACAAUGAAUGUUGAUCCUAAGCACCACCGCUACUUUGUGGCUCGCCGCGGUCAGGUCCUCCGGGAACUUGCUGAUGAGUAUGGCGGGGUGAUGGUGAGCUUCCCUCGUACAGGGACCAUGAGUGACAAGGUCACCCUUAAAGGAGCCAAAGAAUGCGUGGAGGCAGCUAAAAAGCGCAUGCACGAGAUCGUGGAGGAUUUGGAUGCCCAAGUGAUCAUGGAGUGUGUGAUUCCUCAAAAGUUUCAUCGCUCCAUCAUGGGUCCUAAGGGCUCACGGAUCCAGCAGAUCACCAGAGAUCACAAUGUCCAAAUUAAGUUCCCAGAGCGAGAGGACUCUCAAGUUGCUCCUGUUGAGCCAUCUUUCCAAGAGAAUGGAGAAGCAAAUGGUGAAGUGAAGGAGCCUCUUGAUCCAAAUGCACCCAAAAAGUGUGACAUAAUUGUGAUCUCUGGACGCAAAGAGCGUUGCGACGCUGCUGUGGAGGCUCUCAAGGCUUUGGUUCCGGUCACUGUGGAGGUGGAAGUGCCUUUUGACCUACAUCGUUACAUCAUCGGGCAGAAAGGAAGUGGAAUCCGCAAGAUGAUGGAUGACUUUGAGGUUAACAUUCAAGUGCCUGCUCCGGAGCAGCAGUCUAACCAGAUUGCCAUCACCGGCUUGGCUAGUCACCUUGAGCGCGCAAAAGCAGGACUGCUGGAGCGUGUCAAAGAGCUGGAGGCUGAGCAGGAGGACCGGGAACUCAGGAGCUUCAAGCUGACCAUCACUGUGGAUCCCAAGCAUCACCCAAAAAUUAUUGGCCGCAAGGGUGCAAUCAUUACUAACAUCCGCACUGAGCACGAUGUCAACAUCCAGUUUCCCGAGAAGAACAAUGAGAACCAGGAUCAGAUUACUAUUACAGGGUAUGAGCACAAAGCCAUCGCCGCAAGAGACGCCAUCCAGGCCAUUGUGGAUGAACUGGAGGAAAUGGUCUCUGAGGACAUCACUUUGGACAGCAGGGUCCAUGCUCGCAUCAUUGGAGCCCGCGGCAAGGGCAUCCGCAGGAUCAUGGACGAGUUCAAGGUUGAUCUCAGGUUUCCCCAGAGCGGAGCUGCAAACCCAGACCUGGUGACAGUCACUGGUCGACCUGAGCUUGUGGAUGAAGCCAUUGAUCACCUCCUUAACCUUGAAGAGGAAUUUAUGGCUGAUGUUGUGGAGAAUGAGGCCAAAAUGGCUUACAUGAGGCCUCCGGGGGGAAGUGCUUCUGCUGCGUCAAAUGACCAACGUGGCCCGUCCAAAGGCUUCGUGGUGAGAGAGGCUCCUUGGGCCACCGAAAAGGCCCCUGACAUGAGCAGCUCUGAAGAUUUCCCAAGUUUUGGAGCUCCAGUGGCGGCCAAGGCUUCCCCAUGGGGGCCAAAGCGUUUCUAAUCCAUGCUGCUACAGAUGGGCCCGCACACAAUUGUCCCCACCCUCUCACCCCCCGGCCCCCAAAGCUCCGGACGCGGACUGAUCGCUGACCCUUAAAGUCCUCAGUUAAAAAAGUUUUGUCCUUGCGUCUUCUUGCUCUGGCAGAUUCACCAGUCUCAAAAGUGCUUUCAGGUCAUGGAUGAGUGAGUUUGUCUGCAUCAAUAAUACUCAAGCUUAUCACAGUUUGCAAUCAAGUCCUAAAAGAAAAGCAGACCUUUAGUCUGGUUAUUUCAUUAUCGUUUGAGCUGUUUUACCAAAUUUAGUGGUGGCUGCACAUCAGUGUUUCCUGACUGCCUCUUUCAUAGUUGCCUUUGCAGGAUGGGAUCAUGGGUUUGAACAACUGCUGCCUGCACAGCAACCUUUACAGUAACCUGUCCCUCUCUGCUGUAAUCAUGUAGCCAGUCUUGUCGUUUUAAGCACAUGAUUUUUGUCGUCUUCCGUGCUCCGUCACACGUCUCCACCAGCCGUGUCCGCCUCUGACAUCUACCUUUCUUAGCCUUAUGAAUAUGGGAGGAAAACUCUAAUAAGUGGGGGUCAUACUAGCAUGUGCUGAACGGCACUCAAACUGCCAGAUGCUUGGAGACGACGCCCAAACUAAACUUGUCACAACACUAGGUCUAGUGCUCUGAUGCAUCCAACCUCACACUAACUGUCAAAGAAAACUUCUGAUGGUGAUACGUGGAUCUCUGUAAAACAAGUGUUAGAAACCUGUCCACAAUCUCGUGCCAACUCUGGGUCUCGUGCUGUCCUGUGCUCUUCAUCCUCAGUAUUGGGUCAGUGUCCAGUCCAUUUGUCUUCCAGCUGCUAUGCAGAUGUUCUGUUAAAUAGCAAUGGCCCCUCUUUUUGAGAUCAGCCUUACAGCUAGAAGAGUACAAACCAGGAAGCCAAAGUUUCAUGAAUGACUACAAAAUGUUUCCCUUUUUGGGGACAUGUGCUGACCAGUUGUUCUUGAACCCGAUGCUAGAUGUGCAGUCUCAGCUCAGUUGCUGCUAAUGCAAGAUCUCCCAACCCCUCGCCCUGGUUUGGAUCUUUCUAGUAACGAAUGAAAGUUUAUGCAAAUCAAAUUGAAACGAACGGUUAAGGAUGAAACUGGUUAAGAAAUUGUCCAAAAAAGCCAAUAAAAAUGGAAAAUGGUUAUCUUA